GCUACAGCAAAAUGUCGGACAUUGAGAAGAUGAUCGGAGGUGACUAUGCCCAGCUCACCAACACAAACAUCCGCAGCUUCGGCUGGAAGGGCGUCACCGUCACCGUCAAGGACCGUCAAUCUCAGCAGCCAAAGACCAUCUUGAACGACAUCAAUGGCAUUGUCAAGGCCGGCGAGCUUCUCGCGCUCAUGGGUCCUUCUGGUUCCGGAAAGACCACCCUGUUGAACGUCCUUGCCCACCGAACAGCAUCGCUCGCCGCCAACGUCAAGGCCGCCGUCUACAUCAACGGCCAAUCUGCCGAUCCAAAGACCUUCCGCCGCAUCUCUGCCUACGUCGAGCAAGAAGACGCCCUUGUCGGUUCGCUCACCGUCCGGGAAACACUCAACUUCGCCGCCCGCCUGUCACUUCCCAGCAAUGUGAGCAAGAUCGAGCGCAUCCAGCGCAUUGAGGCUCUCCUCACGGCCUUUGGUCUUCAAAGCCAGGCAAACAACUUGAUCGGCACACCAAUUCGAAAGGGUAUCUCAGGUGGUCAGAAGCGUCGUGUUAGUGUUGCUGCACAGUUGAUCACCAGUCCUAAGCUGUUGUUCUUGGACGAGCCGACAUCUGGUCUCGACUCCGCUGCCUCGUUCGAGGUCAUCUCCUUCGUCAAGGACAUUGCGAAGAAGCACAACCUGAUCGUUAUCGCAUCCAUCCAUCAACCUUCCACCUCCACAUUCGCCAUGUUCGACAAGCUCUUGCUCCUCUCACAAGGUGGGACCGCAUACAGCGGACCCGUCUCUGAGGUCCAGCCUUACUUCGAUGCCUGUGGAUUCCCAAUUCCGCUAUACAUGAACCCAGCCGAGUUCAUCAUCGACUUUGUCAACACCGAUUUCGCCCGCGAUCGCGGCGAGGUCGACCAACAGUUGAACAUGGUUCACUCCUCAUGGCACAAGUCCCGCCUUGCGACCGCCACGGUGACCGAGCUCACGGACGAGAUGGCCCGCAACUCCAUGGACACGGAGCUCAACAUCAACACCAAAGAGGAGAAAGCCGGUGCUUUUGCCAUCCCUAUCGCUCUCAUCCACCGAUCUUUUAUCAAGUCCUACCGCGACAUCAUCGCUUACGGUAUCCGAAUUGCCAUGUACAUGGGUCUCGCCGUCAUGAUGGGAACUGUCUGGCUUCGCCUCAACCCCGAACAAGGCAACAUCCAGUCGUUCAUCAACGCCAUCUUCUUCGGUGGUGCUUUCAUGUCCUUCAUGGCUGUCGCUUACAUUCCCGCCUACCUCGAGGAUCGCGCUCUCUUCAUCAAGGAGCGAGCCAACGGUCUCUACGGGCCAUCGUCAUUCCUUUUGGCCAACUUCGUCACCGGUAUUCCUUACCUCUUCCUGAUCGCUAUGCUCUUUUCCAUUGUCGCAUACUGGCUCUCGAACUUCCGACCCACCGCGCAAGCCUUUUUCACCUGGGUCAUGUGGCUAUUCCUCGAUCUCAUCGCCGCCGAGUCACUUGUCGUUCUUGUCAGCUCGCUCAUUCCCAUCUUCGUCGUCGCUCUUGCCGGCACGGCUUUUGCCAACGGUCUCUGGAUGUGCACGGGAGGCUUCCUCGUCCCACCUCAAACCCUUAACCCAUUCUGGCGAUACGUCUUCCACUACAUCGACUACCAAUCAUACGUUUUCCAGGGCAUGAUGGUCAACGAGUUCGCUCAGCGCAACUACACCUGCGGCACGAAUGCUGCUGGUGAGUGCUCAUGCUUGUAUGAGACCGACCUCGCACCGCAAUGCCUCAUUGCCGGCGAGGGUGUGCUUCGCAGCUACGGCUACAAGUCUGGCGAGACGGGCAAGUGGGUCGGUAUCAUGAUCGGCAUCAUCGCCGGCUACCGGAUAUUGGGAUGGCUCACGCUUUACCUUCGCAAGACCUGAUCGAUGAGAUCGGUCGUCUUACGCAUGUUGCUAUGUCACGUUUUCAUUUCUGUUUUAAUUUGUUUAGCGCGCACGAGGCCGACCCCAUGGAGGCGUCGUCAGAAAGAAACUGCUCGUCAGCACGGAGCGGUCAAAGACUGAGAGGAAAGAAGUCUGGGCACAGGUGUAGAUUUCUCACAUGGAAAGCGGAGUUCAGGUGGUGGGACAGCCAACAAAGGCGUACAUGGCAUGUCUGCAGGAUUGUCCAGCUCGAUGUAUUUUACAGUCACUCGAAAUCAUGUUCAAAAGAUCAC